AUGGUCGCCGACUGGAAGAGCCGCGCAAAGGCGAAGCGUGACGCUAUCCUCAACUCGAUUCCAACGGAAUGGCGUCUCAGCAAUAUCCCCUCCCCUGAAGAGCAGAAGGAUGUCACUGGCCCAUAUAUCCAGCAGUUCCUCACCAAGCCAGAGAUUGAGAUCACAGAGACGGACGCAGUGGGAAUUGCCGAAAAGGUCGCUGCUGGAUCAUGGACUGCGGUGGACGUGACAAAAGCAUUCUGUCAUCGAGCUGCAUUAGCCCAUCAACUGGUCAACUGCCUCCAUGAGGUUUUCUUCGAUGCCGCCAUUGCUUCAGCCAAAGCACUAGACGAGUUCUAUGCUCAACACAAGAAGACCAUUGGCCCUCUUCACGGCGUUCCCGUCUCGUUGAAGGACCAGUUCCACGUGAAAGGCGUGGAAACGACCAUGGGCUAUGUUGGCUGGAUCGGGACUUUUGAAGGCAUUCGCGAGGACCCGCGACGUGGGAAGUUCGAGAGUGAAAUGGUGCGAGAACUGAGGAACCUCGGAGCAGUCCUGUACUGCAAGACCAGCGUCCCCCACACUCUGAUGAGUGGUGAGACGGUCAACAAUAUCAUCGGCUACACCUGGAACCCGAAAAACCGUUAUCUGUGCUCGGGUGGCAGUUCUGGCGGCGAGGGAGCCCUGAUCAGUUUGAGAGGUUCUCCUGGAGGAUAUGGUACCGACAUUGGCGGCUCGAUCCGAAUUCCGGCGGCUUUCAAUGGGUUGUUUGGCAUCCGACCAACUUCCGGAAGACUGCCUUACGAAGGAAUGGCCAAUAGCAUGGACGGCCAGAACAGUGUCUUGUCCGUCGUCGGCCCCCUUGCUACCUCUGCCAGAGCUGUACGGUUGCUCACACAGACGCUUCUUUCACAGGAGCCCUGGCUGCACGAUCCAUUGGUGGUGGAUAUGCCAUGGCGUGAUGCUGAGGAACAAGCAGUACGCGAGAUUGUCAAAUCGGCGUCAUCCAGGGGACAGCUUGCCUUCGGUGUCUUGAACUCUGAUGGCGUGGUUAUGCCACAGCCGCCAAUCCAACGUGCGAUUGCCACUGUUGUCGAAGCUUUAGGCAAUGCCGGGCACAAGGUCAUUGAAUGGAAACCACCUGCUCACCAGAGACUUGUGGAUAUCGUGGGGAAGACUUGGAUCUACGACGGUGGAAAAGACGUCCACGAUGCCUUUGCCUUGUCAGGAGAGCCGCUUUCCACGCAAAUCAAGUUGAGCUAUGGCGACAAACCCAUAGAAGAGUACAAGGCCUCCCAAAUCUCCGCAAACAACAUUGCCAAAAGGAGGUUUCAAAAAGAGUAUCUAGACUACUGGAAUAGUACUGCUCAAGAGACAGGAACUGGUCGUGCAGUAGAUGGCAUCAUCAUGGCAGUGUCUCCAUAUCCAGCCGCCAGACCAGAAAAGUACAAUUACUAUGGGUACACCUCGGUUGUCAACGGAUUGGAUUACACCAGCGUCGUGGUCCCGGUGACCACUGCAGACAAGUCCAAGGACAGAUAUAUCGACGGGUUUACGCCGAUAAACGACCUCGACAAGAAAACCUUUGACGACUAUGAUGCCGACCUAUAUGAUGGGGCUUAUGCCAGUGUGCAAAUUGUUGGCAGGAGGUACACGGAAGAGAAGAUGCUUGCUAUUGCAGAAUAUGUUGGCGGGCUCAUAGGAAAAUAG